UUACUACCGAAAACACACAAGCUAACAGAUCACUGUUAAAGUGUACAGUUAACGAUUAUAUUUAUUUUAAUUAAGAAUUGAUACAGCAGCGGUUGCAAGGCAUUUAUUCAGUAGAUGCUAGUCAGAAGUGCACGUCAAGUUUCCCUGACUGCUCUACGCUUCUCAUUAUUACUCCCCAAGGAGCGACCCUCCUUCCCUCAAAUCCUCACUACAGGACACAUUUGUGUCUUUAAAACAUUCAGGACUAUGGAUGGCAAGAAACAACUAGAAGAAUCCCAGGACACCACCAGUGCUGGCGCAGACAGUGUGACCACAGCUGUACCAGCGGAGGACACCGAUCCUUCCAGUUCCACAGAACCCAGCCAGAACUCAUCCACAGAGUCGGGACUUUUGCCGGGAGAAACCGUUGUUAGAGAGGGAAAGGCAACAAUUUUAUUCCCCAGUGCCAAUGAGGUGUUCUACAACCCCGUGCAGGAGUUCAACAGAGAUCUAACGUGUGCGGUGAUCACAGAGUUUGCCAGGGAGCAGCUGGCACAGAGAGGUGUCCGGAUACUGGUCCCGGGUGAGAAAGACAGAGUCGUGGUCCACCUGUCCGAGGAGAAGAAUGGAAAAGCGGAUGAGGAAGAAUUAGAAAAGUCUGAGAAUGAGCAGGAAAAGGUGGAAGCGAGUGUUGAAAAGGAGUACGUCACUGCCACUGUGGGGGAGCGAUGUGAGCAAGGUUUGCGUGUUCUGGAGGGUCUGUCUGCUUCAGGUCUGCGUUCUGUCCGGUUUGCUCUGGAGGUUCCUGGACUGAAGAGCAUCACUGCUAAUGAUUAUUCGGCUAAAGCUGCUGCUCUGAUCGCCCGCAACGCAGAACACAACAACGUUUCCCACAUACUGCAAGCCAGCCAGAGAGAUGCCAGUAUGGUGAUGUAUGAGGCGAAAGGACGGAAAGAACGCUAUGAUGUCAUAGAUCUGGACCCUUAUGGAAGUCCCUCCUCGUUUCUUGAUGCAGCUGUGCAGGCGGUCAGUGAGGGAGGUUUGCUGUGUGUCACUUGUACUGACAUGGCUGUAAUGGCUGGAAACAGUGGGGAGACAUGCUACAGCAAAUAUGGCUCUAUGUCCAUAAAGUCCAAAUACUGCCAUGAAAUGGCUCUGCGUAUAAUCCUGCACAGUUUAGACCAGAAAGCAGCCGUGUAUCAGCGUUACAUUGAGCCUCUCCUGAGUGUGAGUGUGGAUUUCUACAUCCGUGUAUUCGUGAGAGUCAGAACGGGCCAGGCCAUGGUCAAAAACUCUGCAAGUAAGCAGGCGCUGGUGUAUAACUGUGUUGGUUGUGGUGCGUUCCAUCUGCAGAGGAUGGGGAAGAGGACGAUUCAGGGAAAACAUAUGAAGUAUUCUGCAGCCACAGGACCUCCUGUAGGUUCUAAUUGUGAACACUGUGGACAGAGACACCAGUUAGGUGGUCCAAUAUGGGCGGAGCCUCUCCAUGACAUCAUAUUUGUUCAGAAAGUUCUGGGUGCUGUCUCAGGGAAUCCCACCCGUUUCAGAACGUCCAAGCGAAUUGAAGGGGUACUGAGCAUGGUGACGGAGGAGCUGCGGGACGUUCCUCUGUACUACGUGUUGGAUCAUCUGAGCAGCACAGUUCACUGCAACACACCACCAAUGCUGCAGUUCAGAUCAGCCCUCCUGCACGCCGGACACAGAGUUUCUCUCUCUCAUGCCUGUAAGAAUGCAGUGAAGACCGACGCUCCCGCUGGGGUGUUAUGGGAUAUCAUUCGCUGCUGGGAGAAGUCCAAUCCUGUAAAGAGAGAGAGGUUAUCAGAAACCAGUCCUGCCCACCACAUCCUCUCCACAGAGCCAACUCUCCAGGCCUGUUUUGAGAUCCGAGAGGACGCAAACCCUCAGUCACGGAAACGUCACCUCACCCGUUUCCAGGAGAACCCACAAGCCAACUGGGGACCUAAAGCACGAGCCAAAGCUGGUGGGGGAAUCGCAUCUGAGCUGGAGGACAAGAGAAAACAUUUUCAGGGUAAAAGGAAACAUCAGAUCACAGACUCCUCUCAACUCAAGAACUUCCCCUGCAAGAAAUUCCGAAAGGGAACGUGUACACAUGGGGAAAAGUGCUGCUACUCUCAUGAAUCCGAACAAGGAGCCAUUGAGGACAAGAUGGAAUAAUAUUUCUCAUUACAUCAGACAGCUGUGACCGCAUGUGUCAUGACCAAUCAGAACUAGCUAACUGGCUUUA